GAGGUACAGUCACGAGUAUCCCGGGACCUGUUGUCUGCACUUGAACAAACUCUACAACCAACAAUGGCCAGCAAUCAAAUUCGAAUCACCCAGCAGCAUUUCCUAGUCGUGGCCGCUCUGCUCUUCCUGGUGCAUCCAACUCACCAGCAAGAUGUUGAAUGCGGACGAUCGAUGGUCACUUCCAGGAUCGCUGGAGGGAUGGAGGCCACGCCCAACGCCUUCCCGUGGAUGACCCACCUGAAAUUAAAAUUCUGGAGCGGCGAAGCCUCCUCAUGCGGCGGAAUUCUCAUCGACGCCCAUCACGUCCUCACGGCUGCCCAUUGCCUCUUCGGAGUCAUCAGCCUCAAAGUCACGCUGGGCGCUCACGACGUCACUUCUCCUCCGCUCUCAUCGUCCAAUCAGCAAAUCUUUGACGUCGAUUCCGGUUCUAAUUUGAAGUCUCAUCCCGAUUGGAAUUACGGCCAAGUCGAGGACGAUAUCGCCCUCAUCCGGCUCCCCUAUCCCGCCUAUUUCAACGAAUUUGUCCAACCGGCUUGUCUGCCUUUUGCCGGUGAUUCCGACCAAGUCAACGAUCCGGUGGUCCUGGCCGGAUGGGGAAAUUUCUCCAGUGCUGUGGACAGCGGAUUUAGUCCGGUUUUGCGCCAAACGGAGACGACCGUCAUUUCUUCGUUCGGGACUAACGGCCAGUGCCAGCAGACGGCCGGAUUGGGCUCCUUCUCCGGCGAAAAGGUCAUCUGCAGCGACGGAUCUCAAGGGCGUCGCUUCUGCCACGGCGACGACGGUGGUCCGAUGAAUUUCUACAACGCCGAAUGGGACCGGUGGUUCGUCGUCGGAGUGGCCGGAGUGGGUGACAGUUCCGUCGGAUGUCCGACGGCCAGGAAACCCAACGUCUUUGUACGUGUCAGGGGAUACCUGGACUGGAUCGGAGGCAUCACCGGAUUGAAGCCCAUCACAACCACAACAACUACAACCACCACGACAACAACAAAACCAUCCACAACAACAACAACUGCAGCAACAGUCUCCACAACCACACCUGUAACUUCAACAACAACUUCAGUAACAACGGCGCCAUCCAGCAGCAGCACAGUCACUAUCAGCUCUACUUCCGCUAGGACAACUACAUCCCCACAACCUUCCGGCAGCAGUCAAGCCUUUUCCUUUCUGUCCCUGUCGCUCGUUUCAAUCAGUUUCCUGUUGAGUUGUGUAAUACAGAGCAAUUAAAACGCAGCACUCAACUAAAAGAAAAAUAACAAGCCAGCAAUAAUUGAAAUCAGCCAUCGCACAUAUGCAUAUCCACUCGCUAUAAUUCCAGCCAAACGAACUAAAAAAUGUAAAGAUAAUGAUAUAACUGUCGACGACAAAUGAUACGCUCACGAUUGGAUAAAUAUACCGCAUAAUAAUGGCCAAACUGAUUCAUUCUUUGUCUACAAUUGUCGUCUGAAUCAAAUAUACCGCGUCAAAAAUU